CUUCCCGCCCGCGUCGGGCCGGGCGCCGCCGCCCCCCUGCCUCCCUCUCCGCUGCGGUCAUGUAGAGAAUCGUAAAUCAUGUGAAGAUGGGCCUCUUGGUAUUUGUGCGCAACCUGCUGCUAGCCCUCUGCCUUUUUCUGGUACUGGGAUUUUUGUAUUAUUCUGCGUGGAAGCUGCAUUUUCUCCAGUGGGAGGACUCCAAUUCAGUGGUUCUUUCCUUUGACUCCGCUGGACAGACACUAGGCUCAGAGUAUGAUCGUCUGGGCUUCCUCCUGAAGCUGGACUCUAAACUGCCUGCUGAAUUAGCCACCAAGUACGCAAACUUUUCAGAGGGAACUUGCAAGCCCGGCUAUGCUUCAGCCUUGAUGACUGCCAUCUUCCCCCGGUUCUCCAAGCCAGCACCCAUGUUCCUGGAUGACUCCUUCCGCAAGUGGGCUAGGAUCCGGGAAUUUGUGCCGCCUUUUGGAAUCAAAGGUCAAGACAAUCUGAUCAAAGCCAUCUUGUCAGUCACCAAAGAGUACCGCCUGACCCCUGCCUUGGACAGCCUCAGCUGUCGCCGCUGCAUCAUCGUGGGCAAUGGAGGUGUCCUUGCCAACAAGUCUCUGGGGUCACGAAUUGAUGACUAUGAUAUUGUGGUCAGACUGAACUCGGCACCAGUGAAAGGCUUUGAGAAGGACGUGGGCAGCAAAACCACACUGCGCAUCACCUACCCGGAAGGUGCCAUGCAGCGGCCUGAGCAAUACGAGCGGGAUUCUCUCUUUGUCCUCGCUGGCUUCAAGUGGCAGGACUUCAAGUGGUUGAAGUACAUCGUCUACAAAGAGAGAGUGAGUGCAUCGGAUGGCUUCUGGAAAUCUGUGGCCACUCGAGUGCCCAAGGAGCCCCCUGAGAUUCGCAUCCUCAACCCAUAUUUCAUCCAGGAGGCCGCCUUCACCCUCAUCGGACUGCCUUUCAACAAUGGCCUCAUGGGCCGAGGGAAUAUCCCGACCCUUGGCAGUGUGGCAGUGACCAUGGCACUACACGGCUGUGAUGAGGUGGCAGUUGCAGGCUUUGGCUACGACAUGAGCACACCCAAUGCACCCCUGCACUAUUACGAGACCGUGCGCAUGGCCGCCAUCAAAGAGUCCUGGACGCACAAUAUUCAGCGAGAGAAAGAGUUUCUGCGGAAGCUGGUGAAAGCGCGUGUCAUCACUGAUCUAACCAGUGGCAUCUGAGGGGGGCCCAGCACGCGGCCACAGAGUCCAGGCACCACCAGGAGCAAGCAGCAGUCACCACCAUCUGCCAUUUCAUUGACCAUGGCCUGGCUCCUCCUGAGAGGCACGGGAAUCUUCAGGCCCAGAGAAGGACAGUGCCAAGUGACCCCAGGGGUGGCAAGGCCUUGGGGAGCAGCCAGAGCUGUGUCUGCUCAGGCACCAGCAUUGGGCCUCCCGCUCAGCCGGGCCCUUGAAGCCAGAGGGCCCGGAGGCCUCUGGCUGUGCCCCGCAGGCCCAGCAUGCAGGAGGUGGGACGCUUGGCAGUAAGGCUGCUGCCAAAAUCAUUUCUGCAAUCAGUGUUUGGUGUAUUAUCAUUUUGUGAAUUGGGAGGUGGGAGGGAGGGGAGGGAUAAUUUAUUUUUAAAUAAGGUUCUAGAUGUCAAUUGGUCCACUGGCCACGCAGAAGGAGGCCCCCUCGAGGCCAAUCAGGCAGUGGUUCCAGUGGUCUCCCCGUGGGGUGGAGGUGCCAGGAUUAGCCUGUACCCUACUCCGGGCUACAGGGAGGGGGCAGGAUCUCACAACAGGCCCUGCCCGCUCAUGACACUCUUGAUCUUUCUUGGAGAGAUGAUGAGGUAUUCCCACUCAGCGGUCCCUAGCUGCCCCACAGGGGAACUCUGCAGCCAUUCUUUAAGUCAAUAAGAUGGCCCCUGGGCUGGAGCAGAGUGAACUUCAGAAUCAGGAGGGGAGGCCUGGCCUGUCCCAGUGGGAACUGCCUCGCUCUCCAGCUGCAGCUGAUCCACAGGACAAUGCCCUAGGCCCAGGCUGACCAACUUGGCAGCUCCUCUGAGGUUCAGGAGUGAGAUUGCCAGGUCUGCCUUCAGCCUGGACCUGAGGGAAGUGAGGCUCAAGACACUUACCCAGGCUGGGCAGCCAUCAUGGAAGCAAUAAAGCUCUUCCCUGAACCUGGCCUCCUCUUGCUUUCUC